GUCGCGUCGUUUAAUUCACGGUUAACCGUUCACCAAACUGAGUUUCUUAAUUUUUUUGCCGAUGUUUUGACCUUUCUAACAUGCUAAAGACAUAUAAAGUGUGGGAAAUAUUAUUAUCAAGCUGGUAUACCAAUAAAUAAUUGGAAAAACAUUUUGUAUAGUAAAGAAUAAGUGACAAAUUAAACGAGCGCCGUGUGUUCACGACAGAUAUAUUUGCUUUAUUGAUACUUUGCGAUUCAUAGACCUUGCGGUGUCUAUGCAUAUCUUACGAGUUUGGAAAGUGUUUUAAGAUUAGUUGUGAUUCAGAGUAGUAAGAAAGAAAGAAAAAAUAGACAAAAUGUCAGAAAUAGUGUACCCUGCGGGGUGUAGACCAGUUACUGAAGAUCUUGGAGCAGAUGAAUUAAUUAGAAGAUUGAAGACGCUUGCCCACACAUUGCAAGCCAUGGGUCAAGAUGAAGGAGCUUAUCAACAGUACAUUCCUUUAGCUCUUCAUUUAGCUGAAGACUACUUUCUUCAACAUCCAAGUAAAGAUGUUCAGUUGCUCAUAGCUUGCUGUAUAGCUGAUGUUUUGAGAGUUUAUGCUCCAGAAGCUCCUUACAAAGAUGCUGAUCAAGUUAAAGGCAUUUUUCUUUUUCUUAUUAAACAACUGGCUGGAUUAAAAGAUCCCAAAGAUCCAGCUUUCAAAAGAUACUUUUAUUUGUUGGAAAAUUUGGCGUAUGUCAAGUCCUUCAACAUGUGCUUUGAGUUGGAAGAUUGCCAAGAAAUAUUCUGUGCUCUUUUCUCUCUUAUGUUUAGAAUAGUCAAUGAUGAACACUCCGGAAAAGUUAAGAGUUUUAUGUUGGAAGUACUAAGCCCGUUAAUCACAGAAUCAGAUAGUGUUAGUAACGAAUUAUUGGAUAUUAUUCUUAUGAAUAUCGUCGAUCCAAAUAAAACUCAUAAGAAAAAUGCUUACUGGUUAGCCAAGGAAUUAAUUAUCAAGUGCAGUGAAACCUUGGAACCAUAUAUUCAAGCGUUUUUCAACCACGUUUUAAUUCUUGGAAAAGAAGAAAAAGGUUUACAAAUAUGUAAAAAAGUAUACGAUUUAAUCUACGAACUCAAUCAUAUAUGUCCUAGUGUGCUAUUAUCAGUUCUUCCGCAGUUGGAGUGUAAACUAAAAUCUUCUUCAGAAACUGAACGACUAAAUGCUGUAGCUUUAUUAGCAAGAAUGUUUUCUGAAAAGAAUUCUCAAUUAGCUACUCAACACACUCAAUUAUGGCGUGCAUUUUUGGGAAGAUUUAAUGAUAUCAGUGUUGCUAUUCGUAUAAAAUGCGUUCAAUAUUCUAUGCACUUCCUUUUAAAUCAUCCGGAGCUUCGUAAAGAUAUAACAGAGACUUUGAAAAUGCGUCAACAUGAUGCAGAUGAAAAUGUGCGUUAUGAAGUGGUAAUGGCUAUUGUGUCAACAGCUCGACGUGAUUUUGAAGUUGUUUCUGAUAGUGAAGAUCUAUUAGAGUUUGUCAAAGAAAGAACUUUAGAUAAGAAAUUCAAAAUAAGGAAAGAAGCAAUGUCAGGCUUAGCAAUGAUUUACAAAAAACAUUUAAAUGAUGCCGAUGUACCUCAAGCAACAAAGAAAGCAGUGACUUGGAUCAAAGAUAAAAUUCUUCAUGGCUAUUAUAUGACUGGAAUGGAAGAUAGAUUACUUGUGGAGAGACUUUUGAACACAUGUUUAGUUCCUUAUCAACUACCACCAGAUGAAAGAAUGAAAAAGUUAUACCAUCUUUUAGGAACUAUUGAUGAUCAUGCGUCUAAGGCUUUUGUAGAGCUUCAAAAGCAUCAAUUAGCUGUUCGUCGAGCAGUUGCUGAAUGGUUGGAACUCGUAAAGAAAUCAGAGAAUAAUACUGAAUUGAUGAGUAAAAUUUUACAAAUAUCGCGCUUUCUUCCAGAUCCAAUGAAGGUUUUGGAAUUUCUUCAAAAAUUUAGUGCUCACAUGAAGAAAGAUUCAACAUUAUUACAAGGAAUGGAAACGAUUGUUCGACCGAAUGUAUCAUGCAAAGAAUGUGCAGAUACGAUUUCAAUGGUUUUAAAAAAACUUGGUCAACCAGUAAUGACAAAUCUUUAUUAUAAUACAGUGAAAAUGUUACUUGAACGUGUAUCAUCAGUAAUAAUUGAUGAAGAAGCUAUCAGAAUAUUAAUAAAAUAUGUGGAAGAUUGUUUAAGAGGUGGAAAUACUAUUGAUGAAAUAGGACUAAACCCAAAUAAUGCCGGAGAAAAAGGAUUGAGACUUCUAGUGAUUUUAUCUUUCGUCUUUGGCCCUCAUUUUCUCCAUAAUGACAUUCUUAUGCAGCUUGUGCAACUCUUAGAGCUAGAAGAUGAAAUGGUAGGAGCUUUAGUACUAUCUAUAUUCACAUUUCUUGGAAAGUACAAACCUCUUUGUGAUGUUGCACCAGAUAUCAUGAAUUUAAUGGUUCCGAUUUGUAAGAAAUUUGCACUCACAGGCACUCCAAAGCAAGCUAAACAGGCAAUUCGUUGUUUAUUUGUCAAUAUGACGAAUAUUCAUGAUACAAUCUUCCCUGAAAUUAUCGAGAGAAUUAAAACAACACUUAUUCCUACGUCAGAACAUUAUCGAACGUCAAUUGUUACAUUAGGACACAUUGCUUAUAAUCUUCCAGAUAAAUAUCAUAUAUCAAUAAAAAAUAUGGUGUCCAGAAAAAUCGUAAAAGAGCUUUUGGUAAAAGAGAAUAGUGAAUCAACUGCUAAUACUAUUGAAGGUGAUUGGUGCCCGGAAGAACAACUUCCAGAAGAAACUCGAUGCCGAUUAGAGGGUCUUAAGUGUAUGGCUCGUUGGUUGUUGGGCUUAAAAACUGAUAAUUUGUCUGCUCAAAAAACUUUUAGAAUGUUAAAUGCUUUUGUGGUUAAUAAAGGAGAUCUUCUUCAACAAGGAAGAUUAAGUCGUGCUGAAAUGAGCUGGUUGAGACUCCAGGCAGGAUGCUCUAUGUUGAAGAUCUGUGAGCAAAAAGGUGUUGGGGAUCAAUUUACUGCUGAACAAUUCUACAAUUUGUCUCAAUUGAUGAUUGAUGAAGUCAAAGAAGUCAGAGAAGCAUUCAGUAGUAAAUUACAUCGUGGUUUAGGCACUGGAAUUCCUAAUAAAUGUCUACCACUAGAUUUUAUGGGAUAUUAUGCACUUGCUGGUAAAGAAACUGAUAAAAAAUUAAAAUGUCUGUUGAAAACUUAUAUGCAGACUGAUAUCAACAGAAGAAGGGAUUAUGUCAAAGCUUUGUCUUUAGGGACAGCUGAAAGGGCAAUGGGUCAAUUACCCCAUAUUUUACCAGAUUACAUGCUAGUUUUUGCGGUUCCAAUUCUUGCUCAUGACCCUGAAUUUACUGAUAAUAUGGACGUAUCUCAACUCAAAGUUAUUCAACAAUGUCUAUGGUUUAUUCUUGAACCUCUCAUCACCAAAAAUGAAUAUUAUUGUUAUGGAUUCUAUAAAAAUCUUAUAGAACGUAUGAAAGUUCAUAAAGAUGCUUUAAGGCCUGAUGAUGAAAGUAUGAAUCAUAAAUUAUGGGCAGUCUGUGAUCUUGCAAUGAAUGUUAUUUACACUAAAACUACAAACUUUGAUAUGAAAGAAUUUCCAAGUGAAACGCGAAUUCCAACAAUGUACUUUAAGAGAACUGAUGAUUUGAUAUCGAAUCAAACUAUUUAUCUUCCGACAGAAAUGCAAAUUAAUAUGACGAGUUCAAAGGGUAAAAGUAGUCUUAAUAUUCACAAUGUUAGCGAGAGAUCUGCUAGAAGGACAAAGGGAAAACAACAAAAGGAAGUCGGAAUUGGACCUAAUGAAACUGACGCUAGACUGCAAAUUGGAGAAAUGGAAUGUAUUGAUGCUCAGCCUGCUGAAGCAUCUGAGACUAGAAUUCAGCUACCAGGAAUGGAAGAUGAGAUUGACGAACCACCAACAAAGAGGGCACGAGAUGAAAAAGUAAAAUAAUUGUAUGAAAUGUAUGCUGAACAGAACUCAAGUGAAAAUGAAUUAAUUUAAGGCUAUGAUAAGCCGGAAAAAACCUAAAAGCACUUUACAAAUUAGAAAACAGAAUAUUUUGGUUAUGUACAACAAUUAAUACACCUAAGUCGUUCGCGUAUUCUUAGACUAUAAGCUGUUAAGGAUAUACAUUCAAUCUUGAACAGGAAAUUUUCAUUUUAUUAUUUCUCUUUGUUUUUUUUUCAAAUUUUCACUUUCAUUUUUAACAAUUGUUAUUAACAACUUGAUCUAGAAUGUCUGUUCAUCUGGAUGAUUGGAAUUAUGACUCAAAUUUUAAAGUAUUUUUUUUAAUAUUUCACUUAUUAUAAAACUAUCUCUUUCGCCUUUGCGGAUUCAAAGUAACAUGUAAAAAAUGUGUUUGAUUUUUUAUAAAUUUUUUUUUUUAAUUUUGAAUAAUGAAUGCGUUUUGAUUUUCUUUUUUUAAUUAUUCACCGUAAAUUCUUUCAAUUGAUUGUCUGAAGUAUUAUUUUACUUGAAAAUGCUUUGACUUUUUUUCAAUUUAAAUAAAAUGGAAUAUAUUUUACUAAAUAAAUAAUUUAAUAUGUUAAUACUGAAUAUUUUCUGUCACAUUUGGAGAAUGUCGAUCUGUGAAAGAGACAAUAUGAUUGUGUCGCAUGUUUUAAAGAAGUAUAUUAAUUAUAUAUUUUAUAAAAACAAUCAAAAUCAAACAAAAUGAUUUACAUUGCAACUGAGAUUUUUCAAUACAGUGUUCCAGAUACUAUUGAUACAUAAAUAUUAAUUUUAGUGUAUUAACACAAAUAAGUUAAUUUCUCCUCUAAUGGAAUGAAGAAUAGCCCACUGAUUUCUUCUUUUUCAGUUAUAUCCAAUACAAAAGUACUAAUUUUAACUACCAAUAUUUUCUGUAAGUGCACAAUUUCUUCAAUUCACUUUGUUAUAAUUUUAUUUAAAUGAAAGAAAAAAUAAUAAAAAAAAUAGGAUAUUGUUUAUUUUAUGUUAUUAAUGAAUUAUGAUGUUACUAAAAGAUUGAUGAAUUCUAAAAAGAAAAUGAUGAACAAAAAAAAAAUAUUUAAAAAUAUGAAAUUCGUGAUGAAAUUGGCAUUCACAUUGGACAAAUCCAUUUUUCAUGGGCCUAGGUCUUACAAUUUAUUUUUUAAACAUAAUAUAAGAUUAUGAUAGGUAUUAUGUAAUAUUAAAUUUAUGAGCGAGAUUGUAAAAUGAAUGAAUGAGAUGAUUACAAAGUGUGACAUUAUUUCAUAAUUAUGAUAAAAUAAAAUCCAUAGAUCUCUUCACAGAAGUUUCAAAUGUUAUUAAAUAAGUUUUUAACGCUAAGACGUAAAGUGAAAUAAUAUUAAAAAAUUUCAGUACUUUUAGAGGAUCUACUACUGAAAUAUGGUCAUAUUGUGGUCAGUAACUGUAUUGUAAAUCCAUUUUUUAAUUUGAUAAUGAAAAUCAUACCUAAUACAAAUAUCAAUAAUAAUUAUUAUAAUAACAACAAUGAACUUAUGAAUAUACUGAUUUCUGUGAUCAGAUCAUGGUUUAUCAAAUAAAACAUACUUGCAAAAAAUCAGAUGAUCAUAGUACUAUCCGUUUCACAAUCUGUGACAUAAAGGAAGUAUUGUAUUGGUUCUAUAAUAAAAUGAAAAAACUACUUGAACAAUCAUUUAGAUGAGUAAAAAAA